UAAAUAAUGGCUGCAACGCGUUCACGAAGAUCCAAUGCCGGUAAUAGAAUAGCAAAACUGUUGAAUGAAGAAGAAGAGGAUGAAUUCUAUAAGACAUCAUAUGGUGGUUUCCAAGAGGAGGAAGAGGACAAGGAAUAUGUGCAAAAAGAUGAAGAGGAAGAUGUCGUUGAUUCCGAUUUUAGUAUUGAUGAAAACGAUGAACCCGUUUCCGAUCACGACGAGGAAGAGGGAAAGAAACGUAAACGUACCGGUAUUAACACUAAAGCUUAUAAGGAACCUGCCAAACCCACAAAGAAAGAGGAGAAAUCAGCAGCUGUAAAGAAGAAACUCACAAAAGUUGUUAAACGUAAAACCCGCGCCAAAUUCACAGUUCUUGACUCGGGCAGAAAAUCCAUACGUAUGUCAACGGCCAUAAAAACACAGGCCACCAAAAUACGUCUAAAGGAAAUGGAUGAUGCCCGUAAGAAAAAGAAGAAGGUUGUACGUGUGGAGGAGUAUAUGCCUACGCAGGAGGAGUUGUUAGAGGAGGCUAAAAUAACCGAAGAAGAAAAUCUCAAAUCGUUGGAAAAAUUCCAUAAAAUGGAACUGGAGAAAAAGAAGACACGUCCCACCAAACGCAUUUUUACUGGACCUAUGAUCCGUUAUCAUUCUGUAACAAUGCCGGUUGUGCGAAAACAAACUCGUGGCUCCGUUGCGCCACACGACCCAAAUGAUCCAAAAAGUAAAUGUGAGAGAACUUUUAUAUCCCUAGAAAAUGACUUGGACGAGAAAGUUUUCCACACUAUAUUCAAGAGUAAAAAAUUACAAAGAAAUACACCAUAUUUGUGUCCAAUAACAAAAUUACCUGCACGUUACUUUGAUCCAGUUACCCAACAACCUUAUUAUAGUAUACAAGCAUUUAAGAUACUGCGAGAAGCCUAUUAUAUGCAAUUGGAGGAAAGAGGCAAUACAGACAAUCCCGAAAUGCAAAAAUGGUUAGAGUGGCGUAAAAUGGUCAAGGAAAAUCGCCUUAAAGCUCUCGCCAGUAAAAUUAAUUCUUAAUCGUAACCUUACAUAUCCUUCUUUUACUAUUUAAUU